AUGCUCCCCCCUCCAACCUUAAGCUUCACCAUUCCUUCGAUCCAGGACGAUACAGUUCUCCAGUGUCGAGUCUACCACCCUUCUUGCCUUGCCCCGACCUCAGUAUCGCAGAUCAUCGAUUGGAAGAAGAAGGCUGCAAUCGUUGCCCAUCCCUACGCACCUCUCGGGGGGUGUUACGACGACCCUGUGGUCGAUGCUAUCGCAGCUACUAUCCUUAAGCAAGGCUGGGUUGUGGCAACGUUCAAUUUCAGAGGCGCUGGAUCGUCACAAGGACGAACGUCCUGGCAGUCGAAGCCGGAGCAGAAUGACUAUAUUUCUAUACUAGGAUUUAUCGUCUACUACUUGCAUCUGCUCUCACCACCUGAGGCCCCUCCAAAGUUCACCCUCUCUGAUCCUGGGCGUCACGAUUUGACCCCAGUACCUUCCCAAGCCUUGCCCCCGCCAACUACGCUCCAACUAGAACAGGACAAUGAGCAGGACACACGACCACGGUUACUUCUUGCAGGCUACUCCUAUGGAGCACUCAUCACUUGCUCUCUACCGGCCAUUUUGAGCUCAAUCAUUGCCCCGUUCCAGGAUCCGCCACCACGUUCAGCUCAUGCCGAAAUUCGACUUCGCGCCGAGCGUCUAGCAGGCCAACAGAACGAAAUUAUGCAGCAAAACCUAGUCUCGCUCUUUCAAUACAAUGAACACCGACGUGGGAGGAGUUUACAAGCCAAUGAUGUUCUACACAGCCCCAAGGUGCGAGGAGGAGUUCGAAUGGGUGGGGACGAGGACCCUAGGAGAGCUAGCCAUGAGUCUUACCGCCCUGGGAAUUCAUUCGCCAUAGAAACACCAGAGCUCGUCAAGAAGAGUGUGGAUAGAGUGCGCUCUAUCACACGACACAAGAAGUUCUCGCCAAAGAGACAUGCUAGCCAGGGAUCUUUUUCCUCGUACAAAAACAAGAAGCGCGAGUCGAGUUCUACAAUUGACAAGAAACACAGUGAUGAAGAGGAGGAGGCGAAGAAGAAGCAAAUGAUACAACCAAUUCCCGGUAUUACCUUGAAAGUGGGAUAUCUGCUGGUAAGCCCUCUGCAAGGCUGGGUCAACACGUUGGCAACCAUGUGGAGCGCAACAUUAGCGGGAAGAGAUACAAUAUCCGAAAACGAGAUGAAACUCGCGAUUGAUCCAACUCUGGCUCUUUUCGGCGACGGUGAUGUCUUUGUCAGUGUCAAGAGACUGCAUGCUUGGGCUGAAAAGCUUGCGAGUGCUGGCAAAGGUGGCGGCAGCCAGUUUAGGUAUAGAAAAGUUGCCAACGCAGGGCACUUCUGGCAUGAUCAUGAAGCUGUGAAAGUUUUGCAAGAUGAGAUCAAGUUUUUUGUGUCCACGUUAUGA